GAAGGAGGUCUCAUCAUCCUCAUCCUCACGGUCAUGCGUGUAUUUGAGUGGGUUGGAGAGAGUUGGAGUGGGUUUUCAGGAUGGAGGUGAUGGGAGGCAGAGCUUGAGGAUCUCUCCGGGAUCCGCGGAUGAAGGAAUGCGCGCCGGACUUGCAGACUUUCUCAGGUUCACAGGAUGAAAUAAACCUGUCUUCAAUCCCCUCCAUCAUGGUUUCAUCAGCGCCAAGCAACGCGACUCCGCUUUGCUUCUCCAUCAACAGCCCGCCUUUCAAUCACAACCACACCAUCGCCUCGGCGUACUUCUCGGCAGUCUUCAGCGGCCUCGGCUUGAGCUCCAACCUCUUCGCUUUGGUGGUUCUGGCCAAGACCUUCCACCACACCAAGAGCCGCACGCGCUCCUCGUUCCUGCUCUUCCUCGGCGGAUUGGUGUUCACCGACUUCAUGGGGCUGUUGGUCACCGGGUCCAUCGUGGUGUCCUUCCACAUCACGCACUUCAACUGGCGCCAACUGGACCCUCAUUGCCACUUCUGCAACUUCAUGGGCAUGUCGAUGGUCUUCUACGGCCUUUGCCCGCUGCUUCUCGGCGCCGCGAUGGCCGUGGAGCGAUUCGUGGGGAUCAACCGACCCUUCGCCCGCUCCACCGCCGUGUCCAACAGCAGAGCGUGUUCGACGGUGGCCAUGGUUUGGGUCACGGCCGGCUGCAUCAGUCUCCUGCCGUUGGCCGGAUUGGGAAGCUACCAUCUCCAGAUCCCCGGUUCCUGGUGCUUCCUCAACAUUAGCUCCAGACCGCUGGAUAUGACCUUCGGUUUGAUCUUCUCGCUCGUGGGUUUGCUGUCGCUGGCCGUGUCGUUCCUGCUCAACACGGUGAGCGUCGUCACCCUACUGAGGGUGUGUUGCGGACAGGACAGCGCUCAGCGGAGACGAGACUAUGAAGUGGAGAUGAUGGUGCAGCUGAUUCUGAUCAUGGCCAUCGCCUCCGUCUGCUGGUGCCCUCUACUGGUGUUUAUUGCGCAGACCGUGCUGUCGGGCAGCGAGCUCAACGUUCGCCACCUGCUUCUCUGGCUUCGUUUUGCGACGGGGAACCAGGUCCUGGAUCCCUGGGUCUACAUCCUAUUCCGACGUGCCAUACUGAAGCGCGUCGCUCCCAAGAUGGACUGGUCCCGCGGCUCCAUCAUCAGCCUCUAUCCUACGCUCUCGACGUCCUUCCGCAAACUCACGCGCGCCUCUCUUGGAGGGACGAUUGACCGUUUGGAUCACGACCGGCCGAAUCCAGACAAAGCCAGACAAGAGGAUACGCCUCUACCUGUGCAGAACGCCACUGCGGUGUCUAGUUCCAUUUAGCAGCGAAGACUAGCAUUUAUCUCCUACUUCAUUAAUGAUUCAAUGUCUAAUAUGGCGCCCAAAGUAGGGCAUGACCCACCUUUUGAACCCUUUUGUUGGCGCUUCGCUUUCGGAGAGGUGCUCUAGUCGUAACUCUAGUCGUACACGUUUGAGAAGCGUAUAUUUGAGCUCUCAAGACGGGUCGAACUCGCAUGAACUUGGAGAGCGAAGCUGUUGAGGAAAACGUACUGUAGAAACUUGAGUGGGAAAGUGGGCGGGGCUUGAUUUUUCCAGUUGGCCGGUGAUUGGAUGAUAAAGUGGCGGUUGGCUGGAGGGGGAGGGGUUGGAAAAUAACUAUGUGAUGUCAUUUUGGAGGUGGAGACUUUGUA